AAACUUUUGGCUUUGGCUUUGCUGCUCUGUGUCCUGGCGUCGCCUUCAAAUGCUCAAUGUUUCUCAAAGGAUGUGACACCUGGACAGACCGAUUGUGUGGAUCUUGUAGAUAACACGAGGCAUGAAGUCGGCACCAAAUGGAGAAACAGUGCAUGUCAGGACUGCACUUGCUCCGAAUGUUGUGCUGCAUAUUCUACUCCAACAGGAUUUCCUGAUGACUGCAUUGCAGAGUUUGACUCAGACGCCUGCGUGUACGUUGUGCACAAGAAGGACGACCCGUCUGAGCUGUGUCCAGUUACUUCUGCUGUAGGAAAAUGAGUGAAAUGGUGUCAAAGUUUUCCACAAUGAAUGUAUGACUAUGGCGGAAGCUGAGUUGGGUAAAUCUAAAUGCAACACCUUGGAUGAGAAAUUAUUCAUGAUUAUCAAUAAACUGUGAGCAUAUUAAAA